ACGGCAUGUUUAUUCUAGUUCGGUCUACUUAAGCAUCACCGGUCAGUAGCCCUUCGCCUAAUCUUUUCUAGAGAGGGGGAGGAAUCAAUAUCAUAAGGCCGCCAUAAUUGUGCUAGUGUUGAAGACACAUUUUUCCAGGAAAAAGAAACCCAAUUUCUAAAAGCAACAUUUCAAGAAUGGCAGUUUGGGUUACAACAACUGGAUCAAACAUACCAGAGGGGGCAGUAAGGGGUGGAUAUGAAGCGGAUGGGAAUCCUCUUUUUGUUGCCCGGGCACGAAUUGAAGGCAUCAUGACGCCUGGAAAAUGUGGAUACCACAUUCCUGGAGCUCAUAUUCCAUAUGGCAUGAAGGAACAAAUCAUCAAUCAGUAUGAGGUGUUGGUUCAUCCCUCCAGAAGUCCUGGCUUUUUAGAUUGGCAGAGGGCUUCUCAUGGCAACGUGCCACCAAAUGCCUACAGGACCGACAAUGAUACUUAUGUCGGGAGAGCUUACUACCAGGGGAGUUUAGUCCCGGGGAAAAUUGCCACUUCUCACCCUCACAAGUGUGCUUACAUAGGCUAUGGAGGGAACGAAAUCAGCAUCAAGGAUUAUGAGGUCCUGUGUCAGAUCAAAUAAAACCUGAACAGAAUUUGAAAUGCUCCAUUAAUUGACGGUGGCUACAAUGAAUAAUAAGGUCAUAUGCAAAGAAAAGUUAUCUUUUAUAUAAUACCGACAUAUAUUAAUAGCUAUGUAUACUUUCAUUAUGUGUUCUAUUUUCUAAUCUUACAAAAUAAAAAGAUAAAUAUUA